AGCGAUGGGCAGGACUUGGACGGCUGGUUCUCCAGGGGCCACCGGUCUGACCGAGCCACCACGCACCCCAAACUCAACCUGACCAAGCAGGCUUUGCCCUGGAACGAGCAGUACAAAGGGAAGGCAAACUUGCACGUCUUCGAAGACUGGUGUGGCGGGGCCGUGAGGCACCUGAGGAAGAACCUCCAUUUUCCGCUCUUUCCCCACACCCGCACCACAGUGAAGAAGCUGGCCGUGUCGCCCAAGUGGAAGAACUACGGGCUGAGGAUUUUUGGCUACAUCCACCCUUUCAAGGAUGGGGACUUCCAGUUUUCGGUGGCGUCGGAUGACAAUUCGGAGUUCUGGCUCAGCUCUGACGAGAGCCCGUCCAACUCCCGGCUGGCUGCGUUUGUGGGCAAGCUGGGCACUGAGUGGACGGCGCCGGGAGAGUUCACCAAAUUCAGCUCACAAGUCUCCAAGCCCCUGCGCCUCAUGUCCUCCAGACGCUACUACUUCGAGCUGCUCCACAAACAAGACGACCGAGGUUCAGACCACGUGGAAGUUGGCUGGCGAGUUUUCCUGCCCAGCUUGAAGUUCGAAGUGAUCGACUCCUCCUACAUCUCUCUGUACACAGAUGAAGCGUCCCUGAAGAUGAACCACGUAGAGCACAUCCCGCAGACCUUGGCCAGCCACAGCGGGAGCUAGCUCUGGGAGGCACAGCAAGACGAGCACGGGGCUGACAUGCUCAAGUCUGACCCCAGGGACACCUUCUUCCUCACCCCUGCGAUCGAGGCCUCGCGAGUGGAGAACGUGCUGGUGCCCUGCGCCUACAGCCCCACCUACGUGGUGAAGGACUUCCCCAUCGCCCGCUACCAGGGCCUGCAAUUCGUCUACCUCUCGUUCGUGUACCCCAAUGACUUCACACGCCUCACUCACAUGGAGACGGAGAACAAGUGCUUCUACAGGGAGUCCCCUCUCUACCUGGAGAAGUUUGGUUUCUAUAAGUACAUGAAGAUGGAUGAAGAGGAGGAGGAUCCACGCCAGCACGCGUUUCUCUUCCUCGGCCCAGACAGCCCCGUGCCGGAGCAGGUUCACGGGCGGGCGCUCAGUUGGUUGCCCCAGGAUCCCGCCGAGGGCGAGGAGGAUGAACUGGGGCUGCUGACAUCUUCGAAGCGUGCCGGGGCUCUGAGCCUUCAACCCCACCUCUCUGUUCCCAUCUUUGGUGGCAAAGCCAGAACACUGGGUCCCAGCAAGCCUGCAGCACCCAGGGAGGACACAAAGCCCCAGAAAGCCCAGGAGAAGGUCUAUGUGACCAGGCUGCAGCCAGGGAAGCGGAAAGCCCCAGCCCAGGACCCGGUCUUCCCUGGCAUCUUUCUUUACCCAAAACCUCUGAAGAAAGUCCAUCUCCGCUCCAGGACCCCUCAGAAGCAUCCCGUCGCCUCCAGCAAGCUCCGUGCUGUCCCUGGCCGCCGGACUCCCUGGCUCCUGAGCAACAUCUCCAAGGAGAGGGGCCCUGCCCGGCAGAAGAGCACCCGUAUGGGUGGCAGGAGGUGGGAACGUCCGACCAAGCUGGGGACCGCGCGGCGGGCGUUGCCCAGCCUCCUCGCCCUGGGGACCGAAGGGCUCUUCAGCAGGGAGACCCGAGAGGACACAACUCCUGCCCCGGGCAGGACUGCGGCCACCACCGAUUACAACUCCUCUGAGGUGGCCCGUUCAGAGGGGACGCGUGAGGAGGAAGAGGUGUCGGACUAUAGCUAUGAGACCGGGGAGCUGCAGCAGAGCUGGCUGGAGGACUCCAUCAACUGGCAGAGGACGUUCAGCGUCAGCUCGGUGGACUUCGAGCUCCUGCGCUCCGACUGGAACGACCUGCGCUGCAAUGUCUCGGGCAACCUGCAGCUGAGCGAGAGCGAGGUGGUCGACGUGGUGGCACAGUACAUGGAGAAGCUGAACGAGAAGAACGGAGGCAUCUACACGCUGCUGAGGAUCGUCAACGUGGAGAAGCGCAGGGACACGGCCCGGGGGAACCGCUACCUGCUGGAGCUGGAGCUGGCGGAGCGGGGCCAGCGGACGGUGCGGCUCUCCGAGUACGUCUACGUCCUCUUGCACCAGGGCAAGCAGGACGACAGCGCCGAGGCCCCGGCCGGGGGGACCCCCCUGGGGGCCACCGAGCCCCAGCCGAGCACCUGGAGCAUCCUCUACGGAAAACCUGUCCUGUGCCGGCCCCUGCGGCUCAGCUGGAAGCAGGACGUCAUGGUGCACUUCGUGGUACCCGUGAAGAACCAAGCCCGCUGGGUGCAGCAGUUCAUCUCGGACAUGGCCCGCCUGUACGGGGCGACGAAGGACGCCAACUUCAACGUCAUCCUGGUGGACUUUGACAGCGAUGACAUGGAUGUCGAGAAAGCCCUGCGGGAUGCACGGCUGCCCCGCUACCAGUACCUGCGGCGCACGGGGAACUUCGAGCGCUCGGCCGGGCUGCAGGCUGGCGUGGACGUGGUCGAGUACCUGCGGCGCACGGGGAACUUCGAGCGCUCGGCCGGGCUGCAGGCUGGCGUGGACGUGGUCGAG